AGAGGCAGCAUGACUUCCAGCAGCAUGAACAUGAGCAGGAUCGUCUUCUACGAGGACAGGAACUUCCAGGGUCGUUCCUACGAGUGCAGCAGCGACUGUGCUGACAUGUCUUCCUACCUGAGCAGGUGUCACUCCUGCAGGGUGGAGAGAGGCUGCUUCAUGGUCUACGACCGCACCAACUUCAUGGGCAACCAGUACUUCCUGAGGAGGGGCGAGUACUCCGACUACAUGAGCAUGAUGGGAAUGAGCGACUGCAUCAGGUCCUGCCGCAUGAUCCCCAUGCACCGCGGGUCCUACAGGAUGAAGAUCUAUGAGAGGGAGAACUUUGGAGGCCAGAUGCACGAGCUGAUGGACGACUGCGACAACAUCAUGGAUCGCUACCGCAUGUCCAACUGCAUGUCCUGCCACGUGAUGGACGGACACUGGCUGAUGUACGAGCAGCCCCACUACAGAGGCAGGAUGAUGUACAUGAGGCCUGGAGAGUACAGGAGCUUCAUGAACAUGUCCAUGAGCAACAUGAAGUUCAUGAGCAUGAGACGCAUCAUGGACUCUUACUAUUAG